CAUGCUCAGUGCGCUCAGUCACCUGGGAACCUGUUGCUCAGCUGCGGCUGCUCUGUGGUGAGAGGAGAGGAGGACGCCUGUGGUAGAUUUAAAAGGAUGCCUUUCAGUCUUUAUCCUUCAUCGUUAUGGACAUAAACGACGCGCUACAGACCUGCCACUACAGAACCAGACUGUAACCAAGCCGGAUGAAAACACUACUACAACAAGUGGACGCCAAAAGUCGCUUUGUGUGUCAUCUCAGUCGGUUUAACCAAGAAGGGCAGUUCACACACUUGGGCUGUGUGCCUGUCAGCAGGUAGACACGGGAUGAUGCUCUGGGUGUGUAAGAACAGAUAAUAACCCUCACAGGACCAUCACCACGGAGACAGGUACUCCAGAGGGUUGCCUGCAGUGUUGCCGAUAAAAAAUCUCUCAGGUGUCUGAUUUGUAACACCUCAGGCAAUGGGCAAAUGCUGCAAAUGCAACGGGAGACUGCUGUGCAUGUGCCUGCUCCCUUGCAUGAUGACCGGCCACCUCCUGAUUUACAUCAUGGUGUCCAUAUUCGUCACCAUCUCCUACGCUCCCCCGAAGAUAACCAUCCACUACAUCGCCUCUGGGAUUUCUGCAAACUCCUCCACGUCGGCCUCUCACCCGCUCGGCCCUUUCUGGAACCUCCGUUUAGAGGAUAGCGCCCUGUGGAACCGGCUGCAGCACGCUUGGGAUCGUCAGCACAACCCGGUGCUGCGAGGAAACGCGACCGGGUUCGCGAGGAAGCCGAAAACUGAGUUUUUAACCGAAAUCGAAGACGGAUGCCUUUCUGACUGCGUGUCGCACAAGUGUUCGGUCCCUCGGAUGGAUGAUUUAAACAGCUUGCCAGAACAAAUGAGGGCAUUUGUACGGUCGAUGCACUGCAGGGAGUACCCGCUCCUUAUCAACCAACCUGGUAUGUGCAGGAGGAACGAUAGUAGCUUUCGUCUGGAUUCUCCAAUGCUCCUCAUGGCUGUCAAAUCCCAAGUGGGGAACUUUGAAAACAGGCAGGCCAUCCGUGAAACGUGGGGGCGCAGUGGUCUGGUGAGGGGGGAAUCCAACAAGAAGGGUGGAUUAGUGCGCACUGUGUUUCUGCUCGGAAGGCAGGACUCGAGCACAGGUCCUCACCCAGACCUCAAAAACCUCCUGGAGCUUGAGAACCAGAAAUACGGGGACAUCCUGCAGUGGGAUUUCCGAGACACUUUCUUCAACUUGACCCUAAAAGACUUGCUAUUCUGGCGUUGGCUCCGGCAAUACUGCCCCACCGCCAUCUUCGUGUUCAAAGGGGAUGACGAUGUCUUUGUUCGAACGGGCGCUCUCCUGGAUUACCUGCACAAGCAGUGGGAGGAGCACAACCUGUGGAAGGCCUAUACGAAUGAAACUGACCUGGAUUUGUUCGUGGGGGAUGUGAUCUAUAACGCAAUGCCGAACCGCGAGCCGUCCACUAAAUACUACAUACCAGAACGUUUCUACAAAGGCGCGUACCCGCCGUACGCCGGCGGAGGAGGGGUGGUGUACUCUGGCUCGCUUGCAUUACGAUUGAAAGAGGUGUCCGAGAGGGUGCGCCUCUUCCCAAUAGACGAUGUGUAUCUGGGCAUGUGCAUGCACAGACUCGGGCUCUCGCCAAGCAAACACCCGGGUUUUUUAACGUUUGAUCUCCCGGAGACGGACAGGGGAAAUCCCUGCGCUUACAGAUCUGUUCUGCUCGUUCACAGACGGAGUCCCAAGGAGAUGCUGACACUGUGGGGGCAGCUCCAGGGCCUGCCAGGUCAAUGCUGAGGCUCAUUUGACUGCCAAAUAGGAUUCCUCGAGUACAGGAUGAAUGCUGUCACCACACUCAUUUAUAAAACUUACACACUGUGACUGCGUCUUCAUGUCAAGCAUGCAAUGUACCUUUCCUCCGAAGAGUUACGUAACAACACUGAGGAGGAGACUGAUCUACCUCAAAGGGUACUUUUAUUAUGAGGGCAUUACACAAUAAGGGUGCGUACAUGCUACCUUUUAAAAUCAAUACAGGUAUGUAUUUGUAUCCUUUCAACUUAAAAAGUUUUAUUUUACUACCUAAUAAAGAAAAUAUAAUACCUUU